GCGGCUUGCGGGUCGGCGGGCGGCUGGGCGGCCGGCGGCAGGCUUGACGGGAGCCUGAGGCGUGGACGCCGACCCCGGAGAACUCGGCGGCCGGCGCAGUGCGGCGGGUGUGCGGGCCGCGCGGCUUCCCUCGGCGGCGCCGCUCCGGGCCUCGGCCAUGCCCUCGCUGUGGAGAGAAGUGCUCCUGGAGAGCCUUCUGGGAUAUGUUUCUUGGUCUCUCUGCAAUGGCCUGGGACCGAUGAUCUAUUACUUUCCCCUGCAAACACUAGAACUCACUGGGCUUGAAGCUUUUGCCAUAGCAUUUCUCUCUCCAUUAUUCCUCACAAUUACUCCUGUCUGGAAACUGGUUAACAAGAAGUGGAUGGUAGCCCUGCUGUGGAUAAUUACCGCUGGCAGCAUAUCCUCCUUCCAGGCUCCAAAUGCCAAACUUCAGCUCGUGGUUCUCGCGCUCGGUCUGUCUUCCUCACUGGUAGUGCAAGCCGUGGCAUGGUGGACAGGAAGUGGUUUGCAAAGGUACUUCAGAAUCUGGGGAUUCAUUUUAGGACAGAUUCUUCUUGUUGUUCUCCACAUUUGGUACACUUCACUGAACCCAGUCUGGACUUAUCAGAUGUCCAACAGAGUGAUACUGACAUUAAGUACCAUUGCCACACUCGAUUGCAUUUACACAGAUGGUGCCUGCUGUAGACCUGAGGGGAAGAAGUCUGAGGAGGCAGCCAGGGUGAUGGCUUCUAGACCGAACUGGUUGUUGGCAGGGGCUGCCUUUGGCAGUCUCAUGUUCCUUACCCACUGGAUUUUUGGAGAAGUCUCUCUUGUUUCCAGAUGGGCAGUGAGUGGGCAUCCCCAUCCAGGGCCAGAUCCUAACCCAUUUGGAGGUGCAGUUCUGCUGGGCUUGGCGAGUGGAUUGAUGCUUUUGCCUUGUUCAUGGUUUCCUGGUUCCAGUUUAACCUGGUGGAUGACAGGAGCGACCUCGGCUGUGGGUCUCCUUUACCUGCCCACGUGGGCAGCCGCUCUCUCUGGCUGUGUGCUCGCCCUCUUCACGGCGUCCAUGUGGCCUCAAGUGCUUGGACACCUUAUCAGCUCAGCGUCAGGCCCUGGAAAAGCCAUGACCACUGCCAUGAUAUUUUAUCUUCUAGAAAUAUUUUUCUGUGCAUGGUACACAGCUUUUAAAUUUGUCCCAGGAGGUGUGUACGCUAGAGAAAGAUCUGAUGUGCUUUUGGUGACAGUGAUGCUAAUUAUUGGACUGAAUAUGCUAUUUGGUCCCAAGAAAAGCCUUGAUUUUCAUCUUCAAACAAAAAACAGUCCUAAAAUGCUUUUCAGAGAGAGUGGAAAAUACAUGAAACUUGUUUUGUGGCUGCUUGUCAGUGUGAAGUUGUUGGGAUUAGGACUACGGCAUAAAACCUAUGAGAAGAAAUUGGGAAGAGGGGCACCAGCCACAGAGGUCUUUGCCGCCAUCUGGCCUUUCAGGUUUGGCUUUGACAGUGAAGGAUGGUCUAAUUUAGAAAGAUCAGCUCAACUGCUCAGUCAAACAGGUGCAGAUCUCAUAACAAUUUUGGAGAGCGAUGCUUCUAAGCUCUAUAUUGGGAACAAUGACCUGACCAUGUGGUUAGGGGAGAAGCUGGGUUUCUAUACCGACUUUGGUCCAAGCGCAAGGGAUCACACUUGGGGGAUUAUGGUUUUGUCAAGAUACCGCAUUGUGAAAUCAGAGCAUCACCUUCUUCCGUCACCAGAGGGCGAGAUUGCACCAGCCAUCACUCUGACUGUUAACAUUUCUGACAAACUGGUGGAUUUUGUUGUGACCCACUUUGGGAAUCACGAAGAUGACCUCGAUAGGAAACUUCAAGCUAUUGCUGUUUCAAAACUACUGAAAAAUAGCUCUGAGCAAGUGAUAUUUCUGGGAUAUAUCACUUCAGCACCUGGUUCCAGAGAUUAUCUACAGCUCAUUGAACGUGGCAAUGUGAAGGUAACACAAUCUGCAUUAAAAAUCUUUUAUUUUAGAUGUUCCAAUGUGAAUGAAAAUGUGCACGAGGUAUUUGGAUUUUUUAAGAUCUCAUCAGAUUUCUGUAUGAUAAUAAUAUCUUUACAAACCAUUUGUUUCUGCCACAGAUUGGGUUAUGCAAGAAUCUCCCAUGCUGAGCUGAGUGACUCUGAAAUUCAGAUGGCCAAAUUUAGGAUCCCUGAUGAUCCCAUUAAUUAUAGAGACAACCAGAAAGUGGUCACAGACCCCAGGGAAGUUCCCGAGAAAAUUCACUUCAAUCCCAGUCCCAGUGGACACAACGAUCACCAGCAGAUGAAAUGUUUACUGAGGUUUUGUUACAUGCUGGAGACAGCGCUAGAUCAUCAAAGACAAAGCUCCUGUUCUGAAGGUAAGGCGGCCAUACAGAGCAGAGGUUUCUCACACAGGAGGGUGGGGCCUGGCAGAGUGGGGAGGCCCACUGGACUUGGGAGGAAGGAGAGCUGGAUCAGCUUAGCUCUGAGCCAGGACUCUCCUGGUUGCAAGUGAUAGAAACCUAAUUUGAAUUACAAAGAGGGAAUGUAUUGUCAUGAAACCAAUCCCCUGGAAGGGAGGGGAUCUGCCAGGCUUCAGAAGCAAUUGGGACUAGAUAGCCAUCAAGACAAGGUCACUGCACUGGCUAUGUCUGGAGAGCUCUUCCCUCCCACUUAGUUUAUCAGCUACUCAUUAUUCUUGUGUCCAGUCACUUCCUCAGGAAAGCCUCCCCUCCCCUGACUCAGCUCCCUGACUGAAUCUCACCCAGAGACCUGGCUGGUCUCUUCAAGCCUUUGGGGCAAAUUAGAAAAAGGUGACCCUUUUGCAUGGACAGCGUCAGGGUGUGAAGAAUAGGGUCCCCCUUCCUCUGGGCACAUACAGCUUCACACCCGGCCUCAUGGCUUGGUGAGAAGACUCUAGAUGGGAUUUCAGCCCACUUGUCCCCUUGGCUGUGCUGCUUUGCGCAGUGUACGCACUGGCUUAUCAGCUGUGGACCCUGCAGUUCUCCGCUAGCCUGAAUGGCUCUUGGAGACCCUAGUCUUUCUGUUGAGCCUCUCCUCAGAGCCUGUGCCCGUCUCAGUGAGGGACCACACAGUGGCAGGCGAGAGACUGAAUUUGCAUUGUCAAAGAGAGAGAUGUUGGAAAACCAAAGAAAUAAAGUGAUGUGGUGCUCACAAAAAAACCCUGUAGUCUAUUGUAUAUUCUCAGAAGACUACCUUUUCUCACUACUUGUCAAAAUAGGAGUUUUACUUUGUUUGCAUGUUUAUUUAAGGAAUGUCUCCCCUGCACACUUGUAAGCCCCACAAGGACAGCAGUUGGGCCUGUUUUUGCCCAACAUGUUAUUCCUAGGGCCCAGAAGUGUCUUGCACAUGGAAAGCCCUUACUGUUUCAUGAAUAAAUGAAUGAGCAAACAAAUGAGUGUGUGUUUAUUCCUCUGAGACUGGCUUUUUUAAUGAGGGGGGAGCCAUGGCUGAGGGCAGCUUAUAAGCCCACAGACAGAGAAGGCUGCUUCUUUUUAAUUCUGAUUUUUAAAAUUCCAGGGAAGGAUGCUAAGUGGCCCAUUUGAGAUCGUAUGUCCACUGGGAGUGGUAGGCACCCUGACUGGCAAUUCCUAUCAAAGUUCUUUUUGGUGAAUGGUAGGGUGAGCAGUACCCCAAAAGAAGAGGAGACUCUUCCUGGCGAAAGAGGGGAAGGCUGGGCAGAAACCACUCUGAUGGCCCCCAUACUGCCAUUGACUUGCCGUGGGCUGGUCACUUCUGUCUUUGUUUCCUCACCUGUGAAACGAGGGAAUGAGCUGGGCUCAUCUCUGAGAUCAUCUGGCCCAAUGUUCUCUUCCUUUUGUUCUGCUUCUGGUUUUGGUUCUGUCUCCU